AUGAACAGCCUUUUUUUUCUACUUUUGCUCUUCAAAACAUUUUCUUCUGCCCUUCCUACAAACCAAAAGAUGGAAAAUGAAGAAAACAUGCAACUGGCUCAGGCAUAUCUUGACCAGUUCUACUCUCUUGGAAUAGAAGGGAGUCCUCUUGUCGAAAGUAAGAACAGGAGUCUCACAGAUGGCAAAAUUCGGGAAAUGCAAGCAUUUUUUCGAUUGACAGUGACUGGAAAACUGGACUCAGACACUCUUGAGAUCAUGAAGACACCUAGGUGUGGAGUGCCCGAUGUGGGUCAGUAUGGCUACACUCUCCCCGGAUGGAGAAAACACAACCUCACAUAUAGAAUAAUGAACUACACCCCAGAUAUGCCACGAGCUGAUGUGAAUGAGGUGAUUCAAAAAGCUUUAGAAGUGUGGAGCGAGGUGACCCCACUAAAAUUCACCAAGAUUUCCAAAGGAAUUGCAGACAUCAUGAUUGCCUUCAGGACCAGAGUCCAUGGUCGGUGCCCUCGCUAUUUCGACGGUCCCUUGGGAGUCCUCGGCCAUGCCUUCCCUCCUGGGCUGGGACUGGGUGGAGACACUCACUUUGACGAGGAUGAAAACUGGACCAAGGAUGGAGUAGGAUUCAGCUUGUUUCUUGUAGCUGCUCAUGAAUUUGGUCACGCACUGGGGCUUUCUCACUCCAGUGAUCAAACAGCCUUGAUGUUCCCAAAUUAUGUCUCCCUGGAUCCUAGCAAGUACCCACUUUCUCAGGACGAUAUCAGUGGAAUUCAGUCCAUCUAUGGUUUACCUAAGGCAACUGCUAAACCACAGGGAACCACUGUGCCCCAAGCCUGUGACCCUGAUUUGACUUUUGAUGCUAUCACCACUUUCCGCAGAGAAGUAAUGUUCUUUAAAGGCAGGCACCUAUGGAGGAUCCUUUACGAUAUCACCAAUGUCGAAUUUGGAUUAAUUGCUUCAUUCUGGCCAUCUCUGCCAGCCGAUAUUCAAGCUGCGUAUGAGAACCCCAAAGAUAAGAUUCUGUUUUUUAAAGAUGACAACUUUUGGAUGAUCAGAGGAUAUGCUGUUUUAUCAGAUUUUCCCAAAUCCAUUCACACCCUUGGUUUUCCAAGGCAGGUAAAGAAAAUUGAUGCAGCUGUCUAUGACCAAAAUACAAGAAAAACCUACUUCUUUGUGGGUAUUUGGUGCUGGAGGUAUGAUGAAAUGACCCAAACCAUGGACAAAGGGUACCCAAAGAGAGUGGUAAAACACUUCCCAGGAAUUGGUCUCCGAGUUGAUGCUGCUUUCCAGCAUAAAGGAUUCUUCUAUUUCUUCCGUGGAUCAAAGCAAUUUGAAUAUGACCCUAAGACAAAGAACAUUACCCGAAUGAUGAAAACCAAUAGUUGGCUUCAAUGUAAAGAGCCAUUAAACCCAUCAUUUGGUUUCGAUAUCAAUGAGGAAGGAGUACAUUCAGCAGCAGUGGAGGUGUUUUAUCAUGAGAGUCUAAACUUACUUGUUUUCACUAUUGUUCAUCUGCUGAAAAAAAUCUACAGUUAUUAA